UAUCUAUCUAUCUAUCUAUCUAUCUAUCUAUCUAUCUCAGUCUGUGCAUAUCUAUCUAUCUCUCUGUCUCAGUCUGUUCAUAUCUAUAUAUCUAACACGCUUCUGUUCAUAUCUAUCUAUCUAUCUAUCUAUCUAUCUAUCUAUCUAUCUAUCUAUCUAUCUAUCUAUCUAUCUCAGUCUGUGCAUAUCUAUCUAUCUCUCUGUGUCAGUCUGUUCAUAUCUAUAUAUCUAUCUUCUGUUCAGUCUAUUCAUAUCUAUCUAUCUAUCUAUCUAUCUAUCUAUCUAUCUAUCUAUCUAUCUAUCUAUCUAUCUCAGUCUGUUGCAUAUCUAUCUAUCUCUCUUUCUCAGUCUUUUCAUAUCUAUAUAUCUAACUAUCUAUCUGUUCAUAUCUAUCUAUCUAUCUAUCUAUCUAUCUAUCUAUCUAUCUCAGUCUAUGCACAUAUCUAUCUAUCUCUCUAUGUCAGUCUGUUCAUAUCUAUCUAUCUAUCUAUCUUCUGUUUUCAUAUCUAUCUAUCUAUCUAUCUAUCUAUCAUAUCUAUCUAUCUAUCUAUCUAUCUAUCUAUCUAUCUCAGUCUGUGCAUAUCUAUCUAUCUCCCUGUCUCAGUCUGUUCAUAUCUAUAUAUCUAACACGCUUCUUUACAUUAUAUCUAUCUAUCUAUCUAUCUAUCCAUCUAUCUAUCUAUCUAUCCAUCUAUCUAUUCAUCUAUCUAUCCCAGUCUGUGCAUAUCUAUCUAUCUCUGUCUCAGUCUUCUGUACAUAUCUAUCUAUCUCUCUGUGUCAGUCUGUUCAUAUCUAUAUAUCUAACACGCUUCUGUUCAUAUCUAUCUAUCUAUCUAUCUAUCUAUCUCAGUCUGUGCAUAUCUAUCUAUCUAUCUCUCUGUCUCAGUCUGUUCAUAUCUAUAUAUCUAACACGCUUCUGUUAAUAUCUAUCUAUCUAUCUAUCUAUCUAUCUAUCUAUCUAUCUAUCUCAGUCUGUACAUAUCUAUCUAUCUCUCUGUGUCAGUCUGUUCAUAUCUAUAUAUCUAACACGCUUCUGUUCAUAUCUAUCUAUCUAUCUAUCUAUCUAUCUAUCUAUCUAUCUAUCUAUCUAUCUAUCUAUCUAUCUCAGUCUGUGCAUAUCUAUCUAUCUCUCUGUCUCAGUCUGUUCAUAUCUAUAUAUCUAACACGCUUCUGUUCAUAUCUAUCUAUCUAUCUAUCUAUCUAUCUAUCUAUCUAUCUAUCUAUCUAUCUCAGUCUGUGCAUAUCUAUCUAUCUCUCUGUCUCAUCUACACUAUCUAUCUAUCUAUCUAUCUAUCUAUCUAUCUAUCUAUCUAUCUAUCUAUAUAUCUAUCUAUCUUUCUGUAGAGUUCUUCAUUCUUUCUUCCUUUUUUUUCCCUCUUUUUUGAUUCGUUCAUUCACGUUCAUCUUUAAAUUAUUUUCUUCUCUUUUCUUUAUUUACGUUAAAAGUCCAUUUAUUGAUUUUUUUUCUUUUUACCGUCCCAAAUCCUCAACAUUUUUCUUGAUUUUCUUUCUUUGUCACACUCUUAUUCACACCUUAGACUCUAUUUGCUUUUAUUCUUUUACAGUUUUUCUUGCUCGCUUUGUUCUAUUCUUAAUUUUCCUCUUCUUUUUCUUUCAUUCCCUUUUCUUUCAUACUUUCUCAUGCUUCUUUUUUUUUCUUUUUUCUUUCUUUCUUUCUUUCUUUGUCGAGUCUCUUUCUUUUCUUAUUUGUCCAAUUUCUUUCUUUCUUUCUUUCUUUCUUUCUUUCUUCCUUUCUUUCUUUCUUUCUUUCUUUCUUUCUUUCUUUCUUUUCUUAUUUGUCCAAUUUCUUUCUUUCUUUCUUUCUUACUUCCUUUCUUUCUUUCUUCCUUUCUUUCUUUCUUUCUUUCUUUCUUUCUUUUCUUAUGUUCAUGUUCUUUCUUUCUCAAAGUUUCCUUUCUUCUUUUUGUUGAUCAUUAUUUCUUCUAACUUUUUGUAUUUUUGUUUCGUUUCUUUCUUCUUUGUUUCUUUGUUUCUCCUUACUUUAUAUCUGUCUUUCUGUCUUUCUUUUCCUAGUCUGUCUCUCUUUCUUUAUUUGCCUAUGUUCAAGUCCUUCUUUCUUUCUUUCUUUCUUUCUUUCUUCAAAAUUCCCCCUUUUCUUCUUCUUGUUCGUUCUAUGUUUACAUCUUCUUUUCGCAUAUCGUUUAUAUUUCGGUUUCAUUUCUUCUUUUUCCUUCAUUUCUUUUUCUUUUUUUCGUUCAGAUUUACAUCCAUUAUCUUUUAUUUUACUUUAUUUACCUUUUUCCUUCUCUAUAAUUAUUCCUUUUUCAUUCUUUUCUAUUUUUCCUUCUUUCUAUUGUCAACAUUAAUUCCUUUUAAUAUCGUUCAUUUUGGCAUCAAUAUUCCAUUCUAUUACUUUAAAAUUCUACUGUAUUCCUUAAACAUUUUUUCUUUUCCUUCCUUCCUUCCUUCCUUCCUUCCUUCCUUCCUUCCUUCCUUCCUUUACCCAUUUCCUGCUUCCUUGCCACCAUUUAUCCAAACAGCCAACGAUCAACCAAUCGUCGACGUCCUUUCUCUCGUUCCUCUAUCCGACAUCCUUUUCCCCGUCUCCUACCUACCGCCCUAUCAACUGCCAAGAAAACUCCCAAACCUAUCCUUCCAUCAUUUAUUCCGCUUGCGACCCGACCAACCAACUAGCCGUCCUGCCUACGGCAUCCUUUUAGGAUCCACCAUGUUACAUUUUCCCGCCAAAAAGUCGUUAUACUUCUUAUCUUCAACCACCUCUCUCUAUCUCCCUCUCUCACAUAGACAUACAUUCUUUUCCCGUUUUCUUCUCUUAUAUCCUAUGUUGCGCCUCUUCUUUAACCGUCUCUCGACUGAAGUGAUUAUUUCUCUCUCUCUCUCUCUCUCUCUCUCUCAGGAACUCUCUCUCUCUAUAUAUAUUACUUAA